GUUGAUACAUCGUGACGCCAUUAGCACUGGCUGGAUUUCUUUCGGUGCAGUCAGUUUCGCUAAGGCAAUGUCAUGCACGCCCCACGCAGCCAAGAAAAAAAGGACCUAAUCGGUCCGCACACAGACUAGCCCCCACACAAGGCCACGCACACAGUAAGCCACAAGUAUACGCGACAAGCAGCCAAAGUCACAGAAACAAGGCAGCUAUAGAUUCCCUACGACGUGGGCACCGCUCAUGAACUCAGUUCGGCUGCCCAUGAGCAGUCCUGACAGUCACUGACGCCGCUCGUCGCAUAGAUGGACAUAACCCGCCCCGUGGCACAGCCGUGAUCGUCUUCAGCAGCAUCCUUGUGCUCAUGAAUGACCUCCCUGAACCGUGUCACGUUGCCCCCUGCAUGAAUGCAUCAAUGCACCACACGGACACAGACAAGCCUGCAAGGUUGACGCUCCUCCGCGACUGAUUUGCGCACAUGAGGGUCGGCGUUCGAGAAUGUACUGCUGGUACUCGUCGACGCAGACAAGGCCAUCCUUGUUCGUGUCCAUUGUGUGCCACAGGGCCCUGCCGAGCUCGCAGAAGGCCACGCAAUCGGACGGGAAAUCCACGAUAUCGUAUGUGACUCCACAUGGCUUCCAUUUGUUCACCACUGACAGAAACUGCACAGGCACAAACAGAGACCACAGGCCAUCAACGCCCCAAGAGGCUGUUGUCUCUCACUUACACUUUUCGAUUGGGUGUGGAAGCAGUCGGUAUAGCAUAUCGGAUUGUACUCCAGCAGUAGCAACUCCAGCGUGUCUUUCAUUUUUGUGAUGCUCGCUGGCAGGCUUGUCACACUGUUGACCCGCAGGUCGAUGAAUCGGAGACGUGGCAGGCUCGCGAUCCACUCUGGCACCUCAGAGAUACGGCUGAGAGCAAAGUUCACGUACUCAAGAUUUGGCAGUUUCUCAAGCCCACGAGGGACCUCCUAGAGAGGACAUACACAGAAAGACGCACUCAUGACGUCUCUUCUUUGUUUGUCAAAAAAGUCUGUGUGUACCUCUAGUUCGGUGUGCCAUCCUGUGAUAUACCUCAAGCUUUUUUGCCUAGCCAGUCCUUUGCUGCUCAGCUCUCUUAUUGGGUGGCGGAGGACGGUCCCAUUGUCGGCACUGUCAGCCUCUAUCGAGCCAAAUCCAAUCCCUGCUCACCAGCGGGCCACGUGCACACAGAGACAAAUCUGUCACAUCCAUUCGCGAGCGCCUUCAGCAAACCUUGCAACGUCGAAAAGAAGUCCAAUCCAGCGUUUAUGUGGGCGGCUGACAUGUUUGUGACUUUAGUGCAAGCCAUGUAGACACAGUUGCAGGGGAGCCCGCGUGGGAGACCACGCAAUAUCUGAUACGGGACGACGACUGGGUAGGUCUGCACAUAUGUCCACAAACAGACGCAGGCGUUUGCGUGAAGGACGUUAUCGAUCCUACUUGCCUUUUGUAUACACUGUCCCCAACUCGGUAUGUUGUCCUCCGUACACACGUAGUGAGCCCGUAGACGAUUGACGACCUCAUGAAUUGCGUAGAAAGAUGUGAAAGCCAGCCAGAGAACACCAAGGGCCAAGAAGAUGGUCUCUUUACCACAGAGGAAGACAAAGAGGGGAGAGAGAAGUCAGAAGAAUCCAAGAGUGUCUCUACCACAGCGACGAAUCCAGACAGAAUCGCCGCGGAUCGCUGCAAGACAAAGAGAGCGCGAGAAGUUCUUGCGUAUGCACAUUUGUUUCUCUCUCUGUUUGCCUACAGCUUCCUCUGUUGGCGAUGAAUUCAACGCCGACACUGCCUCCUCUCCGCGAGACACACGGGACCUCAGUGCUGCCACGUGUCUCCCGCAAAGCCAACUUGCGAGAGCAGAACUCUCUCUCCUCCCGCAUUGCCUCCUCCUCUUCCUCCUUGAUAAAGUCUUCGACUUGUAAUACUGAGGUGAUCUGCCUUCGGAUCCGUUGCGCACUCUAAAACAUAAAAUAGCAGCGAUGAGUCAAGAUUUGUGAUGUGGUUGGUCUUCAUGUUCUUAGCUCACAAGAUCAUGGGUCUUCAUCCUUUGCAAAGCCAUCGAUGCCAUCCGAAACAGGGAAGGCUUAGCCGGCACAUGCUCACUCUCACUAUCAUCGCCCAGGGUGUCGUCCGAAGGGAGAAUCUUCUGCAGUCGCCUCGGCGAGUUGCCAGUCUUGUCCUCCAAACGAGCACCUUCUGGUGAGCAACCGGUCAUCUCGACCAU